AUGGCUCAUCGAAGGGUUAAGAAUAUAGACUAUGAUGAGGAGGAGCACGGCUAUUAUGAUGAAUAUUAUGACUACGAGGAUUAUGGCGGUGACGGUGACUACUGGGACGCCGAUGGUGGGAACUGGUCCUACCAAGGUCAACCUAAAUCGAAGCCUAAGAGCAAGGCAAAAGAUGUCAAGGGUGAGUAG